AUGUCCGAGUGCGGCGUCCUAUGCCGAUACUUCUUUCAGCAGAUGCUGCUAGAGGAAAAUGACACGCAUCUAGAAGAAUUGGCAUCGUCUAUGAUGCUCUCAUCGCGACCUACACUUGCUGAGUUGCGCCGUAAAUUCCCGUUUGAAGGCUCGUACCAUUUUCGUCUUCAAGUUGCGCUGUCUGACGCAUUGGGUAGCUAUUGUUGGAGGGAUUUGACGGAUGAAAACCAAGCAUUUCCAAUUACCGGAAAUGGAGAAGUUUGUGUGAAGGUAUUGCAGCUUACAUAUGAUAAAGACGGAGACAAGACGACAGUUUUCCAAAAAGACGUUGUAGACGUAGUUGAAGACCGACAAUUUCUUGCCUUCUUUAAUUGGCAAAGUAAAUCUAACAGUGAUGGCAAUUUCAUCCCACACCCACAACAAAUGCCUCAGCAUGAUGUGGGAAGUGUACUAUUUGGUGUUAAGAAGGCUCUUACCUCCAAAAUGAAAGGAUCUGCCAUGGCACAGACAUUACAAAAGCACUCGGCACAGAUGUGGGAGAAAGUUACGGCAGCUGCUGCAGGUGUAGGAGUUGGUUCGAGUGAUUCACCGCCUACAGCGACAGCUCUAGCACAGCUGGCCAAGGUCAUUGGUGCGUUGAAGGCCCCGCUGCAUACUGGAAACCACGAACAUGUUGACUUGCUGAGGAGAUUAUGGACAUCUUGUUUUGAAACGCAGCCCUUUGUCAUUACCGGUCCCGAGUGGAAGCGACUGAAGUUUCAUUCUGGCGAACCAAUGCGCGAGAUGCGGUGUUUACUUCCAUUGCAGUGUCUUGUGCGUUUUCAUGAGGCACAUCGAACAGUAGCGCUGUCCAUUCUUAACGACCAAAGCGGACCAGAAGGGUUUGAAUACGCGCAAGUGGGGUCACAGAUUGCUUACAUGCUGGCUGAUAUAUUGCAUUUAAAAGAUGGAAGUUGCUUAGGCUUAGAACGCCCAUUUUGGAGGCUGUUUGAAGACCCGAUGGCCUUUUAUGAGCUUUAUUGCAUUUCUUUCCGUGCCUUUGACGCCUCUUGGAAACGCAACGCGACCAAGUCGUCCGACAUUAACAUCCACGUUAAUUACGUUGGAAAUUUUGCCCAAGAACUACUUCGUCGUGGCCCUGUUGACAUGGCUAGUCUCAUUGAGCUUGCUUAUCAGUUGCAGAACUGGUAG